AUGUCUGAUAGGCGCAGAGCUGAAAUCGAGGUAAAACGGGCGAAACUCGCAGAACUCAGGAAAGCAAGGGCAGAUCGACAAAAGUUGGAAACGGAACGGAAGACAUCCGACGUCGCAGCAUCUCCAGCGAAGAGAGAUGUUGAGGAUCUAGUUACCCUAUUGGUUGGAACCUCGAGUCGGGGUGGUCUGGAUAGUGGCGACUUGACCCCUUCCUCGUCCAUUCCUGGUUCUCCAGCUCAUGGACGCGCUAUCGGUCUCCCAGGUCCAUCUGCGUUGUCGAUAUCUGGACGAGCGAGUCGACAGAGUGACUUGCAUUCUGACCGAGGCGGUAGUAUGGGGACAACCAAUGUACCAGGCUCUAGUAGCUCAGCGACCGAGAAUGUCAUUGAGAGGACGAUGACACCCAGGAUGUAUCCAGAUCUCAUUGACGUCGAGCAAGAGUUGUUUGAGUUGCCACAAACGGUCUUUCCCAAUGUUCUGGCAUCUAUUGGUUUGGCUGACAUGAGGCUACCAUUGCAGGAACGUGUGAUCUACAAUAAGGAAGUCCAGACGAUGGCCGUCGAGACAGAAGUUCCACAUGACUAUGAGGAGCAACUCCGCCAACGAAUCUAUCGGGAAAGGGACGUCGAAGCUGAUAGGAUUGCUCGGGACAAAGCACUCGAGGAAGAAAGCGUCAAGCUUGAGCAGGAAAUUGAGCAGGAAAUACGAGAGCUCUCCGAGGAAGAACGCGCGAGCAUCCUGGCAGCGCCUGAGUUUCUGGAUUUCGUAGAACAAUCAUCAAAAAUACUUCAAAGAGCUCUUAAUGACGGUUAUGACUAUAUUCGCGACUAUCGCAUUGGAGCAGAAUCAGAAGGUGAUGAUUCUGAAGGAAAACGCGUCAAACGCGUAUGCGAAUUCUGGGAUGAACGAUAUGGGAAGAAUCGCUCAAUAACGGAUGUAGAUUGGUCACCAAAAUACCCUGAACUCAGCGUGGCUUCAUAUAACAAGAAUCCAGCGGCUCCUAACGAGCCUGAUGGUAUCGUUGCUGUGUGGAAUUUACAUAUGCUGGAAAGACCUGAAUUUGUCUUCCAUUCUCAAUCGGACGUCCUUUCUGUCACUUUCUCUCCCUUCCAUUCAAACCUCGUGUUUGGUGGAACCUACUCAGGGCAAAUUCUUCUUUGGGAUACCCGAUCUAAACAUCUUCCCGUUCUUAAGACGCCAUUGUCAGCCGCAGGCCAUACGCAUCCUGUUUAUGCCAUGCAAAUGGUCGGCACACAGAACGCACACAAUCUUAUAACCAGUAGCACCGACGGUACCGUUUGCAGUUGGCUUGUUGAUAUGCUAGCUCAACCUCAGGAAACACUUGAGUUAGUGCAUGCUGGACACAACAAGACAGGAGAGGUCGCCAUCACCACUUUAGACUUCCCAGACAACGAGACGACAACCUUCUGGGUCGGUACCGAAGAGGGAAACGUUUACCAAGCAAAUCGGUAUGACCGCGCUGGAGCGAAAGCCGGCCUAAACCAAUACGACGUUUACAAAGGGCACUCAGGGCCUGUCAUGGGGCUGCACUUUCAUCCGCUUGUAGGGCCUGUGGAUUUCUCAGACCUGUUCCUGACAAGCUCAGUCGAUUGGACUGUCAAGCUUUGGAGAGCCAAGUCACUCGCGAAGCCGUCGACGACGCUUCAUAACGUUGCGCCCAUUUAUUCUUUCGAUGAGGCUGACGACUAUGUGUACGAUGUGAAAUGGCAUCCUGCACACCCGGCGGUGUUUGCCACUGUUGAUGGGUCUGGCAAGUUUGAUUUGUGGAAUUUGAACGCCGACACAGAGGUUCCUGUAGUAUCAACGACAGUCGGCUCUGGAAGGGCGAUCAACAAGUUGCAAUGGGAUAAGAAAGAUGGCCGGCGGGCUGCCCUCGGAGGUAGUGAUGGUCGUUUAUAUAUUUAUGACAUUGGAGACAUGGCGUUGCCGAGGGAGUCUGAAUGGACAGACAUGCAAAAGACGGUUGCUGGAAUUGUUGGUGGCGGGCAAGCCAAUGGCGUUUCGGAAAGUGACACGGCACGCAUCAUUGCUGGUCGAUGAUGCAUUUGCAUGUAUUAUUUGCAAGGUUCUCGUUUAUCCCUCGGGUUUCUUUUGGCUGAUUGUGCAAAGCUUUACCUUAUUUCUGUUUUC